AUGUAGUAUACAGUAUGUAAGUAUGAGUAUUCGAACACAGCACUGGUUUCUUGUUGAAACUAACUGUAACCUUUUACUUCCUUCUUCAACGUCACUAGAUGGAAAUCAAUCACAUACACAAAAAGAAGACAAUCGUCUUUUCUGUUAUUUUUCUACUUGUUUUGAUGGUAAUCUUAGCUUUAAUCUUUGGCAUUCCCCAUUCAAAGGAUGGAGAAACUGAGAAUGGAGGGAUUCAAGAUGGAGGGAUGCAAGAUGGAGGGAUUCAAGAUGGAGGGAUGCAAGAGAUUCUACCUCUAAACAUGGUCCGUUCUUCUGUUGAUGACAAAUAUGAUGGGUGCAGAGAUUUAAUGUUACGGGCGGUUGAAAACAUGUACCUCUACAAUGAGUUAAACACUAAUCCUCAAUUCAAUACAUCCUGGAACACAGCAAAACCACACGCUAUACCACAUGGAGACAGUUUGAAUACAGAGCAUUCUAUUGCUAUCUAUUUGUAUACAAAAAACAUACCAGGAUCAAAUUCCAAAUCAAUGUACCUGGACUUUAACAAAGCAGUUCAAGAGGGCCAUUCUGCAUAUAUGACAUCAUCAUUCAAGUACCAUGCACUGCAUUUCUACCUGACUGACGCCAUUCAGAUUCUUAGAGAAAGACAAGAGACAUGUAAGGAAACCUUUCACAGAACCAACAAGAAGUUUGAUCAGAGUGUUCUCAACCACAAGAUCCGUUCCGGCACCUUCGCCACAAGCUCUUUAAGAUCCGACUUAACCAACUUUGGGAAUGUGUCUUGCUUUGAGAUCCACACUUGCUUUGGUGCUGAGCUAACUUCUUACUCAGCCUUUCCUGAAGAGAGACAAGUUUUAAUUCCUCCAUAUGAGAUUUUUGAAGUCACCAAAAUCCAGACAAAGUCACCAGUGAAUAACCUGUUGUGUGAAGUCGUCUACACACUAAAGAGCAAGGGAGUAGACAGUGGUCUGAAUUGCAAAUUUAUUUUGAGUGGAGGAGAAUCGAACAUCAUCAGAGCAUCAGAUACAGGCUACAUAAUACUCUAUAUUAUGUUGAUAACUACUGUAUAUUACUGAUCAUUACCACCUCUAACAAUGAGAAGUAGCCUGAUCUGACACAACAGCUGCCCCAGCUUCACAGUGUAGAGAUUCUGGUUGUGUUCCAGGCCAGCUACAUUGCAGACGCAUGCCUAAUCUCACACCUGUAUAGGUCUUUAACAUAUCAACUAACCACAUCAUUUAGCAAUCUGUUGCCCGACUACGCAGUCGAUGAUGUGGCACACGACCAUUGGUUGAUGCAAUGCAUUGUCUGCAAUGUAUUCGACCUGGAAUGCAACCCCUGUUAAUGCUUGUAUUAACCUGCAUUGAUUGCUCGGUUGCAUAUUUUUUUUUACUGCUACUGUUUUGAAAUGGUUGAGAUUACAUGUCUUGGUCACGUGUAAUAUUUUCUUGACCUUUGCUGGCAUGUACACCGUGACCGCGGCUACCUACAGUACACCUGGCAGCUUUUGAGAUUUGGAAGGGGAGGGAUUUUUCGGCCAUACGUUGCACGCGACUUGCAGAGAGAGGGGGAGGGCUACCAAAGAUGAUCGUCCCUGGUUCCACCACUAGUCCAACAUCUCAACUCCCCACAACCAACACUAGUAACUGUUUAGAGGCCAGUGCUCAUGUAAUAAUUGGUUCUGAGUUGCCGAGAUGAAGCCAAAGAGAACCAGCCACUAUCAUCACAUCUGAGUGACAUUGUGGUUAACAUGAUAAAGCUUUUUUCACAUUACACCAUUUUCAAAAUCCUUAAAAUCACCUCAUAUUCUUGACUGUCAUGCCUAAUGGCUGUACAAAGAAAUGACACGUCAGUACUGGCUUUAAAGCUUGCUUCACAUUACAUGGUUUACAAAAUCCUACAGUUGUAUUUCCUUUCACACUAUGCAAGUCUUGACAGGAUUGCAUGUGUCCCAUCAUGUCUAAUCUGUAAUGUAUUAUAUCAGACAAACUGACUCAAUUGAACCUAAGGUCAGUUCGUAACGGGUUGUAAGAAUAACAAGAGUGAGGAGAAAAUAAAACUUGGAGGGCUCUCUGAGGCUGAGUGAGAGGGUUGGGUGAGAGAGCACUGAGAAGGGUUAGUCGUUUUCUGUCUGUGAGGUCACUGGCCGUACGCCUCUCAGAUGAGUGGGAGGAGACAAAACAAAGAUGAUUGAUGCAGCUAUAGUAUCAAACCUAAAUAUCAUGCUAGCCUUUUCAUGGGAGGGAUAUUCUGUCGGUUUCAUUAAGUACGUUGUUCACCUGGAAAAACUGGUUUGAGAGACUCAAACACAACCAACACACAUUGAUAACAUAUAAGAACAAAAUAGGCCAUAGGUUAAUAGAGAGAAAUAACUAUAUGUAGGCUUCUGUCUGGUAUGUGAUUCUACCAUAAGACUAAACACACGGGCCAAGUCCAACUCCCCAUACUAACUAGUAAGCUGAUGGAUAUGAGAAAAUACAAUGUUUUAUAAUAUGUGACAUUUCUAAUAUUGAGUAUGCUUUCAAUGCCAGGACGUCAUAAUAAUUUCAGUUUUUAAUCUAGUGUUCUUCACUACAUUCUAUUGAGGAAGAGAAUUGUCACUUCAGACCCAGAUGAUAAUCAGCUGAUAAUAAGAUAAGUGGAUAGACUGUAGAAGACACAUUCUCAGUAUGGGUGAACCU